UCAAGGCCAGGACACCUGUUAAUGCUGAAGUGGGGGGAGCCUCAGGGCUCAGCUGGGACGGUGGGGUGCAUCCAGGCAGCACCAGGGCAACCUGCCCUGGUGGGGGGUGGUCAUGAGGGCUCUGCCCUCCCAGCUGUCCACCUGGACUGGACGUUUGAGGUCUGUUUGUAGUUACACGUGGGGACGACCAUGAGGAAGCCAGCUCACCUGACACUGAGGGGCCUUCGGGUCGGGGAUCCAGUCUUCCAGGUGGAAAGCUGAGACAUACAUGUGUCCUCCCUUGGCUGGAGGGUGUGGGGGAUGGAGAGGAGGGUGUGGGCCUGGGGGUGUCUCCCUGUGGGAGGGCACUGUCCCAGAACCCGAACACCGCCCUCACGCCUCUAUUUCCACCACCAGAUAAAGCACCCCACUGCUCUAUUAGACACAGCCCCAUCCUCCCCUGGGAAACACCGUAGUUCAUCUCCUACAUGCUGCAGGCUUUCUCUGUCUUUCAAGAUGCCCCGAAUAUCUGGCGAAGAGCUCUUCAUUUUCUCCUCCUGACUGCUCCUAACUUAGCCCUGAAUGUGGCCUGACUUCUCAGGUGUCCCCACUCCUGUCCCCCCAGGAGCCCCUGCUUUUCCCCAAUGCCUCUCCAGACCUUCCCUCACAUGAUUUCCAGGCUCUCCCUCCCAGAGACCUCAUCUCUCCCCUGGGCCCCUCCUCUGACAACCCUGAAGAAGCCUUCCCAGCCCUCACCACACCCUGCCAGGGCCACACCUGUGCCUGGGGUCUGGCUCCAGCCAUCAGCAGGCCCCACCCCCAUGCCCUGGGGGAGCCUGGUGAGGGCGUGGGGAGCAACAGCCACUCUAGUCUGUAACUGGGGGGGCGGAUGCUAUCAAAAGGCAGAGCAGGAGGGGACUCUGAUGCCUUGUUUCUUACUUUAGAGGCAUGAAGACAGAGGGGCCAGUCUGUCCAUCCAUCCAUCAUCUACUCCAUCAUCUACUCACUACUCACCCAUCUAUCCAUUAUUCAUUCCAUUCAUUGGUCCAUCCACCCCUUGCCCCAUCCUGGUAUCCUUUAGGAUGCCUGCAUUGGGUUCCUCUUAUCUGCCAGGACCUCUGGUGGGUAACGAGGAUGCACCAGUGACCAAGACCGAGCUGUCCUCAUGGAGGUGAUAGUCCAGUGACAUGAAGCAGCAAGUCACCACGAAGCGUGUAAUGACAAAUGAAAGGAGCGAGUCCUGGAACUUAACCCAGGAAAUCCAGGAGGGUUUCUCUGUGGGAAUGACACAGGGGCUAUGGUCUGGAGGAUGAGAGCCCCAGGGGAGGAGGACAGGGUUCUAGGCAGAAGCAAUAGCAUGUGCAAAGGCCCUGUGGUGUGCAGCUCGCAGGACAUUCAGGGAACAGAAGGAUGCCUGUGUGACUGGUGGUGAGAUCAGAGGGGUGGUGGAGUGGAGGACAUGGCUGGGGGAAGCUUGGUGCCAGGGAGAGCUGCUGGGGAGCUUUUAAGCAUAGAAAGGAUAGGAUUCCUAAGUGGGAGUGUACUGUUGGGGCAGGAGAGGAAUGGGGGCAGUUGGGAGAAUUCACUGGGUUCUGGACUAGGGGAGUCUCACAAGGUAGGAUUCCAGAGACUCGUCGGCUAGAGAGGGGUCCUAAUGCACUUUGUUCGUUCGUUCAUUCCCCUGCGUCCUCCUUCAAAGCCUCUAUGUAUCUAGCCCCCUGCUCAUGCGUGUGCUCAGAACGGCACCGGCUACUUUACAGUUGGGGGAGCAGAGGCUCAGAGGGUGAGGUGGCAAGAGCUGGGAUCCCACCCCAUCACCUCCCCCGUCCUGCUCUCUAAGCCAGGAAAGCCAGGUCUGGGGUGCCCAUGCAGUAAUGGGGGCUGUGAGCCUGACUGCCGCUGGGUCCCCCACACUUGUCUCCUGCCCCAGUCUACCUUCAGUUACUUAGUUGAAAAAUGCUCCUUGGGCUAGCCUCAUCCUCAGUGAGCCUGGGGGUGGGAGGCCACCUCGCAGCCUUGGACUACUUGCUUCCCCUCCCUAAACUGGGUGUCCUGUGGAAUUGGUGACUCCCCCGUGCCUCAGUUUCCCUAUCUGGAAACUGGGGGUGGUGGUCCUCCUCCACAGUGGGCUAACCUGUGCCUUGUUGGGCCGAGGUCUCUCCUGGGAGCUUGCGGACAGGCCUUCGGGUCCCUCUUCAGGGGAGGAGACAGAGCUCAGCGGAGAAGCUGUUGGCCAGAGCUGCAUGGGUAUAAGGUGGCUUCUCUCUCUAAGGUGGAGUUUUUUCUCUGCGCUUCCUCAAAGACCGGGGAGAGCCUGGCGCCUGGGAAGCACCCUGCCCCUCUUCUCUCCUAUGAGCAUAGGUCGCUGGGGGAUGGGAGUUGAGGACCAAGGCCCUGCAGCAUGAGCUGGUGCGACUCAGGGUGGGAGUGGCUGGUCAAUGCCACUUGGGCUCCCUCCCCAGCCUCCUGACGUCCGAUCCCAGGAAGGCUGCAGCUUGGGCUCUGGGGGGAGUCCUGGGAAUGUGCCUCACCACACCAGCCCUCUCAGGGCUCUGCAGACGAGUAGGUUUGUUGACUGGGAGAGGCUCCUGUUUCGGACCACAAGGCUAACUCACCAGCUGGAAGGGCCAGCCUCCUGGACCCCGCCCCUCUGAAGGCAGAUGUUGGGGACCUAUCCCUAGGUUCCUUGUCUCUCUGGGCCUCAGUUCCCCAGCCCCCGAAGGUGAUGGGGUGGGGGCAUCGGGGAGGGGCUACAGCUGAGCCGUCUGUGGUGAGGAUCAGGUUCUGGGGUCCUUCGAGGCCAGGCCAGCCCCCUUUCCCAGCAGUAGCAGCGUCCAAGAAAUGAUGACCAGCAUAUCCAUCACAGCGUUCUAGGCCCCGCUGUAAGGCCUCUGCACGUCGUUCACCUUCACCCUGAGGCUGCGGAGCAAACUGCCCAGGGGAGAGAGGCAGAGAGGGCUGGACACCUGCCAGCAGUCACACAGCAGCAAGUGUUGGCGUCGGGCUUCCAAGCCCAGCGGAGCACCUCCGGAUGAGUCCCCAGCCGCUCAGACGGGAAUCGGCACAGAAGAAGCUCAAGGCCUCCUCCCUCAACCCAACUGGGAGGAGACCCUGCCCCAACUGGGAGCCACCAAACCGACACUUGUAAUUUACCCGUGCACCUGUCCACUGGCGUUCCUCGCCCUGGGCAUCAUCGGAAGGCCGGAUGCGGCAUCCGCUGCCCAGCGUCCACCAGCCGGUCAAUAAACAUCUUGAAACGCAGGUCGCUCCUUGGGCGGCUGCAGAGUGGACACCCGUUUCCCUUUUCCCGGGGAGGAGCGCGCCUUAGCGGCUGGGUCCUUAUUUCUAGAAGGAAAGCCUCCCUUCGUCCUGCACUGACUGGGGAGAGCCAUGGGGCCUACCCACCGGGCGGCUGUGAGUCCUUAGGGGCCUGGCCCGGACAAUGGUAAAUGAUAAAUUUAGUUGCGCCCCUUAUUCCCAUUCUUUGAUUCUUCGCCGGGAGUCGGGAAAGCGGCUCUCCAGAGAACCGGCCCACAGCAAGUGUGGGUCUGGGCCCCGCCCAGGUGGACUGAGGCAGGGGCCAGGGGCUUCCGGGGGACCCCGACUUCGCGGGUCCGCAGGCACAAGCGCUCGGGGUGGCCAUCAACAGGGCGCCCCCAUCUGCUUCCCACCCGCCCGUCCCCAGCAGCCGCCGGGGUCCGGCCGAGGGGCAACCCCUUGCGGCCUGGGGGCGGGGCGAGGCGGGGGCGGGGGCCGCCUGCGCGGCCGUACUAGGAAGGAAUACGGCGGCGCGGCGGCCGGGCUGGGCGGUUUCCCGCCGCCGCCGGUGAAUGAGUCCCUGCUGCGCUGCCGCCGCCGCCCGUGCUGGAGCUGCGGCCGCGUCCCCCGCGCGGGCCCCGAACCUUCGCGCCAAGACCCCGGCGUGCCCUCGGGACAGCCUCCCGCCUCCGGCCACCACCGCGGGGCAGACUCUGCAGUGCUCCUCCUGACCUCCUUCCUGCCUGCCCCCAUGAGGAAAACCAACCUGUGGUUCUUGGAGCGUCUUCGGGGGUCUGGGGAAAACGUCACUGCUGGGAGCGAGGCCGGGGACAAGGCUUCCAAGGGGCCCCUAUACAGCAAUGUGCUCACACCCGACAAGAUCCCCGACUUCUUCAUACCCCCCAAGCUGCCCGCCGGCCCCACAGAUCCAGAGGGGCAGGCUGAGCUGGGCCCAGCCUCGUCGGAGCAGAACCUGGCCUCGGGGACACCCCGCCGAGCCCCCCGGAGCCCCCGGCUGCCUGCCAAGUUGGCAGCCGAGAGCAGGAACCUGCUGAAGGCAGCCACCCGGCACGUGAUCCAGAUUGAGAGUGCGGAGGACUGGCCGGGGGAGGAGGCCGCCGCCACCAACGCCGACCCCCAGGCCCAGGGGGCCAUGUCCCUGCCCUCUGUGCCCAAGGCGCAGACGUCCUAUGGCUUCGCCACGCUGGCAGAGAGCCCCCACACACGGCGUAAGGAGUCCCUCUUCCACAGCGAGCAUGGAGCCCUGGCACAGGUGGGCUCCCCAGGUGCCGGUCGCCGUCGGGGGGGCGCCAAGGCCAAUGGGGGCGAUGGGGUGCCCAGGGAGGCUGGUGGGGCCCUCAUGAGCCCCAGCCGCUACUUCAGUGGUGGGGAGAGUGACACAGGGUCCUCCGCGGAGUCUUCCCCUUUCGGGUCCCCUCUGCUCUCGCGCUCCGUGUCGCUGCUGAAAGGGUUCGCCCAGGACAGCCAGGCCAAAGUGAGCCAGCUCAAGCACUCGGCGGGCCGCCACGGCUCCCUGUCUGCUGAGGACGGCGCACCCGACACCAGCCCCGGGGCGCGGCGUCGCGGGACCCGCGGCGCCACCCCAGAGCCGGGCCCUGAGGGCGGCCAGGCGCCCCGCGCGGAGCACGCCGUCCGGAUGGGCCUGCGGGGCAGCGUGCGGCUGCUGGCGGAGUAUGAGGCCACGCAGGCCCGCCUGCGGGUGCGCCUGCUGGCUGCCGAGGGCCUCUACGACCGCCGGUGCGACGCCCGCAGCAUCCACUGCUGUGUGGGCCUCUGCCUGGUCCCCGGGAAGCUGCAAAAACAGCGCAGCACCAUCGUCAAGAACAGCCGCCACCCUGUCUUCAACGAGGACUUCUUUUUCGAUGGCCUGGGGCCGGCUAGUGUCCGGAAGCUGGCCCUCAGGAUCAAGGUGGUCAACAAGGGCAGCAGCCUCAAGCGGGACACGCUGCUCGGGGAGAAGGAGCUGCCCCUGACCUCCCUGCUCCCUUUCUUGUAAAGGCCCCUCCCUGCCUCCCUGCCUCCCUCCCCAGGGUGCGGAGAGAAGACCCCGCCUCCCUCCCACUCAGAUCCCAGUGGGCAGGAGGCCGGUUGGCCAGGCCAGUGGUGGUGGGGGGAGGUGUUAGUCAAUGCUGGGGGUUACUGGGUUGCCACCAGUGACCAGAACGCUACUUUUCACGGAUUCGUUUUUUUCAGAGGAGGAAGACGGGGGGCUGCCGGGGAAGAGAAGGGGACACUUUGCAGGGCUAAGUGUCCCCCCUCCCCCCCAUGCCCUAAGUUCCAUGCCGCCUCACCCCUUUCAGAGUUCUGGAAAGGGGUUCUGCGGUGGGGGGGUAGCCAGGAACCUGUGGAACCCUUUACCGAAGGCAUCCCAGUUCCCCAGUGACCCUGCAGGGGCCCAGAGGGCCUGGAGGCAGUAGAAAUGGAUCAUAGACCUAGAGGUGGCCAGUUCUGAGGCUGAGCCUAAUAUUUUCCUUGGUUGCAUGAGACUCCUCCUGCCCAGCCCACCAGACACCCUUGCCCCCUCUGCCCCCACCAGAGAGCAGGCCCAGGCCCAGGAUCUACCAACAGUACCCACAGGGCUGCAGGAGACACCCUACUGCAUUAGGCUCCAGAGCAGAGCGGGUCAGGGAGGCAGGUGCCACCAGCUGGCAGAAGACAGAGAAGGGAGGCAGGUGUUGCUGUGGGGCUGGAAGUGAGGAAGGCCCAGGAGAGGACAGUGGAGGCUAGGGCUCUUCUCCUGCCCCUGGGAGCCGGACAGCUGUCCUGUCUCUGUGUUCCUCCAGCCCCUUCCCUGCCCGGCCAGCCCGCCUCACCCUCAGGAGACUCGCUCCCCCAGAGGGGCUGCUCAGAGCAGGCCCAGAGCACGGCUCCCAGCCCCCACUCCCCCCAUCCCUCCAAGGCUGGGGGCUGCUGCCCCCCUGCGCAGCACCCUUGGCUGCUGGGCGCCAGGAAGUGGUAGCCAGGGAAUGAUGGCUGGACUUGCGCUCCACACAGUAAAUAGAUUUUUGUUCGCAUGGAUGGGACGGAGGGACGGAGCUGGCAGGCGGGGUGGACCCUGCUUUUGCCCCUUCAUGCUGCAUGGGUUUAAUUGUUUGUCAGUAUGUGGGUCCUUGAACAGUGUCCGUGGACGUUUCCCAGCUUCACACAACAGAAAUGGUACAGUUCGAAAUAGGGGCCGGGCCAGGCCAGGCUGCCUGGUGGGCAUGGUUGGACUGGGGCAGUUCCUGGGGAUCCCGGGGGCAACCCUCCCCAUCUGAACAUUGUCCCUCCUUACUAGGUUUCCAGAUCCCAGCAGGAGAGGGAUGAAGGAGAGCUCCCCCAUAGCUGGGGAAAGCACAUGUUCUCCUUUGCAUUUUGGGACUGAGAAUUUGGGGCCCUUGGAAGGUCCCUUGCUAUGCCCCUCUCCCCCCCACCUCUGUUCUAGGCCUGCCCCUUCAUGCCCCCUGCUCCUGGUGUCAGAGGGGGCCCCCCCUUUACUCUAGAACCUGGGCACCCCCCAGGGCCAGGCUUGUGGGCUGGAGCAGGUGGACAGCGGACCCUGCACUGAGUCAGAUGCUUGGAGCUUGCCCCCUCUCCCUUCCCUCUGACCCUGACCUCCUACCCUUGCUUUCCCUCUGGGGAGGGCCCAUUUUAUAAGCCCCUGUACUAUUUGAUAUCUUUGUGUUCCAAGUUGACUGUGGGUAAAUCUUUAAGACACCCUCUCCCAAGUGUGUUUGUUUAUAAAUGCUGUUUUUAGUGCAAUAAAGGUG